UGCACACUUAUUAAGUUCUAAAAAAUACUCUUAAUAACAAUAUUGUCGAUCACAUUAAAAAAGCUAAUUGGCUCAUGAAUCACGACCCUUAUCACUAGAUUGCACCCAUGAAAGCUACUGCAACUAAAAAGAUUAUACACCAAAUAAUUAUACCAGAUAAAAUUUACCUUUUUUCAAAGCUACACUAGUCUAAACUCUCUUUCGACAAGCAAUCACGAGCUUUAAAUAUCCCCACCAAGCCUACCAUCAUCAUCUUCUUCUUCUCCUCUUCCUAAUUCUAUGAUUUCUAAUUUCUUUAGAUUUUGGUGUUUGAAAGCCAAGUCUACACAUCAUUACACCCUAUGAUAAUGUAUUAUGUAUAUAGAGUAUAGAAAGGAAAUUCAUUCCUAGUAUUUUUAAAGUUGCCAUUCUAUAAUGACAAGUUUCUUCUUCAAGUAGAAGAAGCUAGCCAAAGUUAAGUUUUCUUGCUCUCCUUAACUCUUUUGUUUUAUUUCUCUCUUUUGGAUCCAAUUUCCAUCAAAUGUCCACACUCUAUUAUAGCAUCCUCAAUUUUGACAACCUCAAUUACUAUACACAUUGACCAAAAAUCUAUCCAAAAAAAAAAUUCCACAAAGCUACCACUCCACUAAUUAGACAUUUGUCAAUCCUUGAAUAGAUAUUCUAUUUUAAGACAAAUCUAGUUAGCCGACAAAAAAAGGAAAAGGACAAAAUAAUUAGUCAUUUUCAUUGAUGAUAAUCCCAUAUUUUAUUUUUCAUUAACUAUUAUUUAAUUCGACUUAAAUGGCAUAAUAGCCAUGACCACUUUAUUAGAGAAUCCACAUCAAUAUAAUUGUAAAAGACAAUAGUAUUUUUACUUUUUAUUAUCAACUCAAUUUUUUUCAAUCCACCUCAAAUCACUUUCAUUCACCACAUCAAUGCAUUAACUUGCAAUUGAAUAUAUAAUUAAAUAUUAUAUUUAAAUUACAAAAAAUAAAGUAAAAGAGAAAAAAUAUUAAUAGAAAAUAAAAAAAUCUCCAUUUUUUAAGGCUUUGUUGACUUGCAUAUGCGAUUGCAUUUGUUACAAGCUUGCAAAUAUACAAUUGUUAGCCACAUCAAUGCAAUUGGUUUUGCAAUUGAAAACACCAAUGCCAUGUCAUUUUGCAAUUGAGAAUGCAAUAUCAAUGUGGAUGCUCUUAAAAUUAAAAAGAUUCUCCCUAAACUCUAGUAAAUGACUGGUUCAUAAGUAAAAUCAUCCCUAAACUUUCUGAAUAGUUAAAGGUCGUCAUAAAAAUUACUAACCAUCAUCCUAACUUAAUACGUAAUCUAGCGAAUUGCCCAAACUAGAUUGAAUUCUUGAAUUAUUUUAAUGUCCUUUUAAUUUUAAAUCAAAUUAAAAAACCAAACAAACCUCCGACUACCUCCCGCCGUCGCCAUGGCCGGCGAGCUCCCGCCGUCGCAAUCCUCAUGAUUGUCCUCUGCUCUCUCUGCUAGCCUCUCCCCCACCUCCUAUUGCGCUACAUCCCCGAUCCCGCCUUCCGCCAGCCCGAGCUCGUCGUCUACAAGCUGCCUGCCUUCGGCCAGCGCUAGCAGAGUUGGGUCACUAGUAAAAUGGUCACUGAACUUUGAUACUUAAUAUACACAUCACUAAAGCUUAUAAUUACUAACAACAUAUCACUAUUAUCAUCAUCAUAAUUUCUUCACAUUGUUCAAAUUAUUGUGUAAUUUUGUGAUUAUAAAUAAUAAAAAUAUCAUCUAUACUACUACCCAAUCAGCCAUCAUACAGAUGGAGGAAGGGUUUAAGGUGAAUUCAAAUAAUAAAAUUUGACAUUGGCUCGAAUGAUGAAUUUGUACUAAUUGUUGUAUAUGAGAUACUAUUUUGUACUUUUAACUCGUUGAACUAUUAAGUUGGGCAAUUUGAAAAUAAAAUUUUUGUGGCAAACACUACAAUGACUUUCAUAGCAAUGGUUAAAUAUCGAAUAUAGAGACUGAAUUGUAUUCUCUCCAAAGUUCAGUGACUAUUAAUGUAAUUGUAUUCUAAAAAGCUCCAUGCUUUUAUUUUCUAGUCGGAUCGACACCCGAUCCAGUCGGAUUCUCACUCCCAGUCUCCCAUACCCAAGGUUGUUAAACCCCUAUCGAACCCCCCGGUUGGACCCGGUUCAACCCGAGUCGGACUUCAAAACGGCUUCCAGAAAACCCCCCGGUCUGCCCUAAACAGGGAGAAGAAGAGAGGCAGAAGAGAGGAAAAGGAACGAAGGAAGGGAAAUGGUAGGUGGAUCAUGGAGGUUAGGUAGAUUUAUUUUGUUGAAAAUAAGUUUUUAAUAGAUAUAUGUAAGAUAAAUUUUAUUUCACUCAUUAAAUUUUUAAUUACUACUUCAUUUGUAUAUAUAUUUAGAAAACGUCUAAAACGGCUCAAACCGACCGGACCCCGAUCAGACCAUUAAACCUCAAACCCAUUGCUUGACCGGCUCAAUGACUUAAACCGGUUUGACAACCUUGCCCAUACCCGGACCCGACUCCUUUGUCACCCAAUGAAAUAGCCCCGCGUUACCUACUCCUAGCCUUCUCUCUCCAAUUCCUUUCUGGAAAAGGGGGAAAUUAAAAAGGAAAAAAAAACACGAACACAUGCCUCCACCACCAUUGCUAUAAUUCUUUACUCUCUCUCUAAACCUCUCUGUAGCUACAACCAGCUCGGCAGCUCCUUUCCCCCUAACCCUAUCUCCGUCGUCGUCUUCUUUCUUAAGUUCCAUUUCCAUUCUAGCGCUCAGGUCUUUGCAUUCCGUUGCAAACCCUAGCUCGCCGGAGGGAAGUGGAGUCGCUGUGAGCGGAGCUGAGUUCAGUUAGCUGAAAGUCGAGCUGCUGCUGCAGCUCUCUGUUCCUUCUCUCUUCCUUCUGCUGGAAUGCUUGCUGCUAGUUUAGUUGGCUAGGGUUUUAACAAGGAUGCUUUCCCGCCUCAAUUGAAAGGGAGGCGGCUUCUUUUUUUGCGCGGGAGAUAAGGGCGACUGGAAGAGCGGGCUUGGCCGGAGGUGUUGCCGAGAAGCGGAGGGAAGAAAAUGUAUGUGGUGCCGCCUCCUCAGAGAUCCGAUCCUGGAUCCGCCGGAGGUAGUAACCAGGCCGAUUUGAGAGUGUACCAGACUUGGAAAGGCAGCAAUAUAUUUUUUCUUAAUGGGAGGUUUAUAUUCGGUCCAGAUGUGAGAUCACUUGCGCUUACCAUAUUCCUGAUUGUGGCUCCAGUUGCAGUUUUUUGCAUUUUUGUUGCUAGAAAGCUAAUGAACGACUUCCCAAAUGACUGGGGCAUAUCGAUAAUGGUUGCGGCCGUUGUGUUCACUGUUUAUGACUUGGUUCUUCUGCUACUAACUUCCGGGAGAGAUCCUGGUAUUAUUCCCCGCAAUGCGCAUCCCCCAGAACCCGAAGGCUUUGAGGGGAAUGCAGAUGUUGGGUCGGGCCAAACUCCGCAGUUACGUCUGCCACGUAUCAAGGAGGUGGAGGUUAAUGGAAUGACCGUAAGAGUGAAAUACUGUGAUACAUGCAUGCUUUAUCGGCCUCCUCGCUGCUCACAUUGUUCAAUCUGCAAUAACUGUGUAGAACGGUUUGACCAUCACUGCCCUUGGGUUGGACAAUGUAUUGGUUUGAGAAACUACAGAUUCUUCUUCAUGUUUGUCUUCUCAACGACCCUGCUAUGUAUAUACGUCUUUGCAUUCAGCUGGGUCUACAUCAGGAGAAUCAUGUCCUCGGAGGAUAUCUCGAUCGUGAAAGCUAUGCUCAAAACCCCUGCAUCCAUCGUUCUCAUAAUCUAUACCUUCAUAUCAAUGUGGUUCGUUGGUGGCCUCACAGCUUUCCACUUAUACCUAAUUAGCACCAAUCAGACAACUUAUGAGAACUUCAGAUACCGAUACGACAACCGUGCCAACCCUUACAACAAGGGAGUCACAGACAACUUCAAGGAGAUAUUCUGCUCCAGCAUCCCACCAUCCAAGAACGACUUCACGGCCAAUGUGCCCAGAGAACCUCCACUGCCAGCUAGAUCGAUAGGCGGCGGAGGGUUCAUGAGCCCAAACAUGGGGAAAGCAGUUGACGACAUAGAGAUGGGGAGAAAGAACGUGUGGGGCGGCGAUAUGGGAGGCACCCUCGGCCUGGGUGGGGACCAGGACGGCGAAGGACAUCUGUCGGGCAAUGAGCGGACAACAGUGAAAGAAGGCGAGCUCGGGGAGCUGUCACCAGAUAUAAGAACGGCGGUGGAGGAAGCAGGAGUAGGAGGGGAACGUGGCAAUCCGAGGAGGUCGAGCUGGGGGAGGAAGAGUGGAAGCUGGGAGAUGUCGCCAGAGGUUCUGGCAUUGGCGGCUAGAGUUGGCGGGGAGUCUAAUCGCGUCGUUGGCAGUAGUAGUAGUGGCAGCUUGACGACGACAUCGGAGAAUCGGCCGACGUGAUGGUGAUGGUUUUGGUCAGUCUUUGGGAGAUGUAGCAGUCAAUGCAAGAGGGUCAGUCCCAUUCAUUAUGUAUGAUUGUGCAGUAAGUAGUAGUGAUGGUGGCGGCAUAGUAUGGGGGGAAAGGAAUGUGCUUUGACCCAAAAUUUGUGGCUUUUCUUCUUCUUCCUUCAGGUGCGUGAGUGUGGAAAUGGCGUGCUGUUGUAUGAUUUGAGUGAGUGAGUGAGAUUUCCUCUUGGUUUUGAAUUUGCGGGGAAUUAGAGUAUUAGUUUUUAGUGUGCUAAUUUCACUUUCAUUUCUCUACUUUCUCUCCUUUUCUGUAGGGUGAUUUUGUUUUCAUCUUCCGACAGAUCUUUCGCCAGCCCAUGACUAUGGCCAGUGUGGAGGAGGCUGGAUGGGUGACAAGAUAUGGGCCGAGUAGUCGCGCAACAAUACAAUUGGGCCAUCUGGUCUUCAUGUUGAUCUUCUCGAAUGAGUUUGGUUAUGUAUUGAAAAAAAAGGGGGGGAAAAAAGAGGUUGGUUCUGACUUCACGAGUAUCUCACCCAUGAAAAACAUAAUAUAAUGGGGUUUUAGCAAGAAAUGAUAGUGUACAUUACUUGAGAUCUACAAUAGGCCAAAGGUAUAUUAAAGUAACAUUAAGAGGCGCAUAUUCGAGCUAAUCUGAUUAUUAGCCUAAGAAGAAGUUAGAUGAGUUGUAAUGAAAGUGAACUAAAGCACUGUGUAAAAUCAUAAUUAGUGAUUAUGUAGCCAUUCUUCAAUUGUAUAAGAACUCAAACAAAAGAGCUCGGUUUUUGCCCAACUCAACUCAUUCACUUGCUUGAUGAAGUACGGAGCCACCUUGUUGUGAGCAGUGUAGAUGGUAUUUGGUUGAGGGGCAGUAGAGAGUGAACGAAAGGAGCAAAGAUUGAAGAGUGUUUGAGAGAGCAAUAAGGACAUUAAUUAGCAUUGCAGUUAAAAUCGCGAUUUAAAACUUAAAACCUUAUGCUUUUACUUUUUUAGGUCACCAAAACGCUUCUAUGUAGAAUCGUGAUUUUUCCUUACAAAUGUAGUCAAAAUCUACGCUCUAAAACUUAAAAGCUUGCAGUUUUACGCUUCUAGUUAGAAUCGCGCUUUUAACUGCAUUGUUAAUUGAAGAGAUAAGUUGUGGGAGUGGGAGAGAGAGAUUGAGAUGACAUGUUUAAAAUCUCCUUGUCCUUGCUUGCUUGUGAAAUUUAUUCUUUUUUUUAUAGGAAACCUGCUGAAUAAUAUUAAAAUGAAAUCAACCCUGUCCCACCGGACCAUGGCGCAGAUCGGCCUCGAAUAAACUACAAAGAGAAUAAGGAGGAUUCUCCACCCAAACCAGCUGAUUGUUCCAACCCGUGAGCCAACCAGUGGACCACUUAGUUGGUCUUUUUAGACGAAAACACCCACCUGACUUUACAGUUCGACAUAACUUGUGAAAUUUAUUCUAUUGAAUCAAAUGGUUGGGGGAGGGGACACUCCAUUACCAAUAUCAACAAUUUGAGCAUUUAAUAGCAAAGGUCGAAGAUGGGCAGACAUUGGGCUAGUUUGUACCUGUUGUACUUGUACCUUUUACAAAAACCGCUUCUGACUGGAGUUAGGGAUGACAAUUUACCCACUCAUUGAUAAUUUUACCCAAACCCAAGUAAACCCAUAAAUUAUGGGUAGGGUAUGGCCAUAUGGGUGAGGUACAUAUGGGUUUGGGGUGGGUUUGGAUAUUGCUUCCAUACUCUAAAUGGGCAUGGGUUGGGUUUGGAUACCCAUUUACUUGAGGUUUUUUCUAACAACACAUACAAAAAGUGGACCUAUUUGUAAAAUUUAAAAAAAUUAGGUAUCAAAAUUUAAUACAAAAAAAAAAUUAGGUACUAAAAUGUAAUUUUCUAU